AUGGUGGGCAAUGUUGUGAUGGUGCUGGUCAUCCACGGCUACUGUGACAUGAAGACCACCACCAACCUCUACCUGGGCAGCAUGGCUGUCUCAGACCAGCUCAUCCUCCUGGGGCUGCCCGACCUCUCCUGCCUGUGGUGCUCCUGCCCCUGGGUUGUCGGGCAGCUGCUGUGCUGCCUCUCCCACUACCCCAGCGAGAGCUGCACCUCCUGCACCAACCUCUACAUUGCCGCCCUCACCAUGGAGCGCUACCUCACCGUCUGCUUCCCCCUCAAGGCCAAGGUGGUCAUUGGCAUCCUCUGGGCCUUCGCCGUCCUUUCUGCUGGCCCCUUCUUCCUCAUCAGUGUGGAGCAGAACCGCACUGACUUCAGACGUGAGUGCAAGGCUGUUGAGUCAGACCUGCUGGCCACCAUGUUCUGGGUCACCAUCCUGCCCGUCAUCUGCCUCAACAUCCUCUAUGGCUUCAUUAUCCAGGGGCUGUGGCAGAGCAAUGCCUGCCUGCAGGGCCCCAACACGGUCCUCCGGGAAAAGGGGCACUGCCAGACUGUCAACAUCUUGGCUGUGGUGGUUCUGGCCUUUGUAAGUUGCUGGUUGCCUUCCCACAUUGGCAGAAUUGUAUUCAUAAACACCCAGGACACCAGGAUGAUGCUGUUCUCCCGGUUCUUUAACAUAUUCGUUCUGCCAUCCGUCAACCCCACCCUCUGCAACCUCAUUUCAAGGAAGUACAAGGCAACAGGCUGCAGUUGCCGCACAGAGCUGCAGAAUGGGCUUUCACG